AACAAUAAUAUUUGACUGCGAGUUGUCUGCAGAGUUAAUCGCUCCUGAUAGUGUACAAUUUGAAUUUGAAACUGGUUCCAACGAGAAAUGCAAAAUUCCGCCCGGAUCCAUUCCAAGCUCGGGUGUAAGCGAGGAUGGAGAGUAUUACGUCAAAAUGGAAGCAACAUAUGCACAGGGACGGGGUAAUGCCGACAAAUGUCAAAUAAAAGCUGAUGUAGAAGAAACAGUUGUCGUGGCAACGACACCCAGGAGAAGUAUACGAUUCCGCGUGCUUCCAUGUCGUACAAGUGCUGAGCCCAUGUCAUUCUUGCCUAGACCAUUUGGUGAAAGGUUACCAUUUAAUCCAUGUCUAUGUAAAAAUCGUGGAGAGUGUGUGCGUGAUGAGAUUGGAGUGAGGGUGGAUUGCAAAUGUCAAAGAGGUUUCACUGGAGCCCGAUGUGAGCUGCCCACGUCUCAAUAUAGCUUGCCAUGUAAUAGGCCCUCAAGGAACCCGUCU